AAAAAAAAUGUAAUCAGAUGAAAAAAACAGGUUCUCUCUGGGUGCUCCAGCUUUUCCUAAUGUCAUUUUUUUUGAUCAGCUGUAAGACUUAAAAUUUAAUGUAUGGGUUUCUCUUUGGGUGCUCCGACAUUUUCCACAGUAAAAAAAAGCAGCAGCUCGGAUUACCCACCCUUUUUGGAGUCCUUGGAGGGGGUUCUGAAGAGUACCCCUCCUGGGGACUCCCAGCGUUGUGACUUUGAGAGGAUUUAUAAAUUAAUCUGAUUGGGUGAAAAAUGACAGAAAAAGUGUUGAUUGGCUAUGGGUGGACAGAGCUGUGACUUGUGGGCAAUAACGGAGUAGGUCGGCACUUUUUUUAAUGACACAUAAGGGGCGGCACAAGCGGUAUAAAUAAAUAAAUAAAUAAAUAAAUAAAUAAAUAAAUCUGCGCCCCAAAAGCGCUCACACUUGUCCUGCAAUUUUGAUAGGUGUGGUGCCCCAGUGCCCCCUAUUGAGAAGCCUCCAAAUAGGCAUCAUUUUAUAUUUGUCUUCUUUUAAGAUCAAACAAAGAACAAUAUAUUUUUUGGAAUCGAUAUUGAGUUUUGUUUUGAAAUUAGAAGUUGUUUUGCGUUCUGAUCUUCUCUCUGUGUUCCAUUGCUUUCGCCUGAGCCCUGGAUCUUUCUCCUUUUUUGUUGUUGUUGUUGAUUACUUUCCCCUGCAGUGGUUAGGUUGUUGCUUCUGUUUAGAGAGGAACGUGCGCUACUAUGGUACGAUGCCAUCCGUCAUGUUUAAUUUAUAGGUUUACAUUUCUUUAACCAACAAUGGCGGACAAAUUGAAAUCAGAGGCGCUUAGGAAGCAGAGCACGGCAGAGCAACAGGAAGGGCAUCUCGGGGAUCCUUCAAAUAAUCAGCGAGAUGAGAAACCCAAGGAAAGAAUAGGCAAGACCAAAGAGCUGUCAGGAGACAUCCGGGACCAGAUAGUGAAUCUGCACAAAGCUGGAAUGGGCUACAGGACCAUCAGCAAGAAGCUUGAUGUGAAGGUGCCCACUGUCGGUGCGAUUAUUCGAAAAUGGAAGAAAUAUAAAGUGACCAUCAAUCGCCCUCGGUCCGGAGCUCCAUGCAAAAUCUUGCCUGAGGGGAUGAGGAUGAUCAUAAGAAAGGUGAUGGAUCAGCCCUCAACUACGCGGGAGGAGCUUGUUAAUGAUCUGAUGGCUGUUGGGACCACAGUCACCAAACACACCGUUGGUAACACGCUACGCCGCCUUGGCUAUCAGUUUAAGAAAGAUUCUCUCUCAAGAGAGCACAGAUCGUUCAGCUCAUCGUUCGGUGAGUCUGCAAGCAGUCCAGACCAUUCCCUCUCCUCCCUCUUCUCACCCAGUUCCCGUCACUGGAUCUAUGAAGACCACCCUAACAGGAAGGUGCAUGAUGAUGAUGAUGAUGAACCCAUAAUGAGAAGUGACGGUUCUGACCCCGAGGAAGAAACAGAGGAAAAUGUGAAAGUCUUCAGGUCAUCAGGGCAUAAUGAAAAAUAUCUGGUCUUUACUCAUCAUGUGCUGCUCGUCUGAGGUGCCACCGCAGCAUUGGAAUCAGCUUCAGGCCUGGUCUUUGAGCCAUUGCAGCAGCUUGAUAGUUAUUCUCUUUCUACAGUUCCUUUGUAGAUAUGAUGUUGUGUUGGGAAAACGUUAUAUUUCAUGGCCCACCAGCUGUCAGACAAUGUUUUGGUCAUGGAGUCAAGUUCAUGGCAGAGUUAAUGGCUGCUAUGUACCCAGGAACUGUGGUGGCAAAACAAGCCCAAAUGAUUAACUCUCCACUACCGUGCGUGUUAGAAAGUAUGAGGUACUUAUGCUGAUAUGCUCUGUUUGUUUUUUUUAUACAAAGAGUUGUGAAUGUGGCUCAUUUUGGUGCAGCUUGGCAAACCUGAGUUGUGCUCACAUGUUCUUCUGAAGAUGCUUUCUCCUUGCAACCCUUCCAGACAAUCCACGUUUAAUUCAUAUUUUCGCUGCACUGUCAUGCACUUUAACAAUUAUUAAGCUAACUGAUGUCUGUAAAGUAUAUCAUGGAGCUUUUUCAUUUCUUUUUGUUUAUAUUAGCGAUUGCUUUGGCACAUUUCACAGCUUGACCUUGAGAGGAUUUCACUUAGGAGUCCGCUGCAGGAAAGAUUAACAACAGUCUUAAAGCUUCUCCCCUGAAUAAUGUGAAACAGGCUAAAAUCCACAUCUGUAUGCUCCUACAUUUAUAGAGGCGCUCCUACAGGGUAAUGAUGGUUGAAUCAUGAGCAGCUGGCUGCUACUUUCCUCCAUAAAUGUUAUGGUUUCUGUAGGAAGGGUUUACUUGUUGAGAGCUUCUCCAUUACAGUAUACAGUAAAUUGAAAAAUCUGUAAGGAGCUUCCUAAGGAGACAAUUAGCAUGGUUGAGAUGACAUGUUUCAUGAAUUGGCACUUUAUAAAUAAAAUUGAAUUGAAUUGUUAUUACUGUUAUGUUGUUUUAAUAUUGUUGUGAUGAAGGAGAGCCACAUGUUUCUUUAGGAAUGAUCAACUGUUGCUGUUCCAUCUUUUUCGGAUACAACAGCUUCCUCUGCAUCAGAUGUCCUCAUGAAAUGUCACCGCACACCUCUUCUACAGGUUAGGUACUUAAAAUGUCCAAAGUCCAUAUGUACAUGUUACAUUGUGUGUUAUUGUUUACUUUCCAACUGGUAUUUAGCUCUCUUAAUUUCAUCUUAAAGACAAAUAUGUGGAUAUUUGUCUAUAUCCUGUGUUGUUCAAUGAAAAUACUUGCUGCA